UAAGCCCUUCUCGACUAAUAGGCCAGCUCUACUAAAGAGCUGGAUAGCAACUGUUGAGUUGAGAAGAGGUAGAAAGCGUGGAAGCAGAACAACCAUACCCAAUACCACCACAGGGUUGCAUUCUAUUGUUUCUCCACUACUUCGAUAAAUCCAACCCUAACUUUAUGCAAAUUUCAUUCUCCAUCUUUUCAGAAAUGUCACACAUUGCUUUAACUGCAUCACCCACCGUAGUCGCUUUUCACCGUGGAGCGAAACAAUGGAGCACGCUGUUUCCGAGUAGCUGGAGAAGCAGGGGAAUCAAUCCAUCUUCAUUUCCAAAUUCCACCAGAAAACGGUUACCGUUGCGGUUUUUUGCUUCUGGAAAAAAUGGCAUCAAUGGAGGUGUUGUGGAUGAGAUAUCUGAAACAGUAAAGGCGCACACGGAUUUCGUUUGGCCUGAUAACAAGAAGCCUAGAGUGUGUAUUUUAGGUGGUGGAUUCGGUGGUUUAUAUACUGCUUUAAGGUUGGAAUCACUCCAGUGGCCCGAAGACAAAAAGCCACAUAUUGCUCUUGUCGACCAAUCUGAACGAUUUGUUUUCAAGCCACUGCUGUACGAGCUUCUAUCUGGUGAAGUGGAUGAAUGGGAAAUAGCUCCUCGCUUCUCCGAUUUGCUGGCAAACACUGGUGUGCAGUUUUUGAAAGAUAAAGUAAAAGUCUUGAAGCCCUCUGAUCAUUUGGGGGUGAAUGGAUCCAAUGCAUCUACUCGUGGAGGAACUGUUCAUCUUGAAAGUGGCCUUCAUAUCGAAUAUGACUGGCUGGUUCUUGCAUUAGGAGCUGAAGCUAAGCUGGAAGUUGUACCAGGAGCAGUAGAAUUUGCAAUUCCUUUCUCAACUCUGGAGGAUGCACGUAAAGUUAACAAUAGAUUAACAAUAUUAGAGAGAAAGACCUUUGGUAAGGACUACCAAAUUAGUGUGGCUAUUGUUGGUUGUGGAUACUCUGGGGUUGAAUUAGCAGCAACAGUAGCAGAGCGCUUACAAAAUAAAGGAGUUGUGAGAGCUAUUAAUGUUGAAACAACUAUCUGCCCAACUGCCCCACCUGGCAAUAGGGAAGCUGCACUGAAAGUUCUUUCGUCCAGGAAGGUUGAACUUUUAUUGGGUUAUUUUGUCAACUGUAUUCGGAGGGCCAGUGAAUUGGAGUCUACAAAUACUCCGACAGAGGUGGAAAGUGUUGAAACAGUGCCGGGUUUUGAAAAGUAUAUACUGGAACUGCAACCUGCUGAAAGGGGAGUGCAGCGUAAAAUCAUUGAAGCAGAUUUGGUAUUGUGGACUGUUGGAUCCAAACCUCCUCUUCCUCAUCUGGAAUAUUCAGAUGUACCAUUUGUAAUUCCACUUAAUGCCAGGGGACAGGCGGAAACAGAUGAAACUCUUCGUGUUAAGGGUCACCCACGGAUAUUUGCUCUUGGUGACUCUUCGGCAUUAAGGGAUUCAACUGGAAGGAUCCUUCCAGCCACCGCACAGGUUGCAUUUCAACAAGCAGACUUUACUGGUUGGAAUCUUUGGGCUGCAAUCAAUGGGCGUCCGCUUUUGCCAUUUAGGUUUCAGAAUCUAGGUGAGAUGAUAACUUUGGGAAGAAGUGAUGCUGCUAUUACUCCGAGUUUUAUUGAGGGGUUAACUUUAGAAGGUCCUGUUGGCCAUACUGCUAGGAAAAUAGCUUAUUUGAUGAGGUUACCAACAGAUGAACAUAGGCUUAAAGUAGGGAUCAGCUGGCUUACAAAAUCCGCUGUUGAGUCAGUGUCUUUGCUACAAAGUACCUUAUCUAAGGUCCUUUCAGACUCCUCUGCUCGUUCAGAUUGAUGUAUAUGUAGCACGGCGUAGCAUUUUUAUGUAGAGACUAAGCCACAUUAGCAUUUAAAUGUUAUGGCCUUGUUUCUGGUAUCACAAAUGACCGUGCAAUAUGGGUAUCAUUGAUCCAACUUCAUGAGUACUAGAUCCAGUGCACCAAUUGUUCAAUUUAAGUUUUAGCCCUCAUAUAUUGUCAACAACUUUUAUCAUAGAUUUUGAUAUAUAAAAUUGUAAACCUACCAUUGCCUCAACUUAAAAGUUAACGUGUUUAUCUGUUUCA